AAUAGACUGAAAUCGGAGUGAAAUAGACUGUAAAGUAUAAUAAGAGUAAGUGUUGUGUUGUUUACUGACUCCAAAACACGUGCUUUUGUUUGGCUCUCAUUUGAAUUGAUAAUCAAAGACAAUAUUAUGGCCGAAGAGGACGUGAAGUGUGUGAUGGAUGGCAAGGAUGUGAUCAAAGCCGGCAAUUAUGUCAUAAUCCGAAGAACUCACGAUAAAGAGUCGUGUCGUUUGAUUAAAGCAGAAAUUGAUAAACCGGUAUAUUUAGGUAAACAACGAAUCCAUUUGAAUAACAUCUUUGGCCACAGAUUUGGCACCACUUAUGCCGUGAAUAAAGACCGAAAUCUGGAUGUCGUUAAUAUUCACGAAACUGUGGAUCAAUCGCUAGAAUUGCCACAAAUGUCGGCCCAAUUAGAGGCCAAUAGUAAAGACAAUCGAUUUAUUUUAGACGACGGAAAGUCACAGAAACUGUCGAGAGAUGACAUCGAGUCACUCAAGAGUAGUCUCACCAGUAAUGAAGUGAUCGAGAAUUUGGUGAAAAACUGCACCACUUUUGACCAAAAGACACCUUUUGCUCAACAGAAGUAUUUGAAGAAAAAACAGAAGAAAUACUCUAAUUUGGUGACCAUUUUGAGGCCAAAUGUCAGACUUUUGACUGAAAUGUAUUUCUCUCGCGGACCGCAAAAAAUAGAUUUUCUACGAAUCGAUUCUCUCUCACAAAUGCUUUCCUUAUGUAAUGUGAUGUCUGGCGGAAAAUACAUAGUAUUGGACACCAAUUUAGGCAUUUUGACCGCUGCUGUGGUCGAGCGGUUGGGAUCCGAUGGCAAUGUUAUUCAGGUGUACACAGAUGUCGGUCCCGUCUCUACCUAUAGACAGGCUGUCGACGCUCUGAAUCUUCCAAAUGAAACCAUUAAUCAAAUAUUAUUCGGACUCCAAAUCAAUGAAAUCUAUCGGUUAUCUCAAAACGAUAGCCGACUUGAAAUGUCAGAUCAGAAUAAUGACCAACAGAUGGAUGAAAGCGAUACAAAACAGACGGACAGUGAAAAGGCCAACAGAAGAGCUCUUCGUCAUAAAGAAGCGAUGAAAGCACUGGAAAUAUUGAAAGACAGAGAUAUGGAUGGAUUGCUAUAUCUGAGCAAAUGUUACGAACCGCUCGACAUAAUCAUGUUAUUGAUUGAUUUCUUAGCCGAUUCGCGACCCUUCGCUAUAUUCAGUCCAUAUAUGGAACCGCUUUCCCGCUGUUUCAAUGAACUCAAGAAAAAGGCCGUCUUUUUACGCCUGACUGAGACGUGGCUCAGAAAAUAUCAGGUUUUGAAAGACAGGACCCGACCGGACAUGACUAUGAGUCCCAGCAGUGGUCCAGAAUCUGAUUCUCCAGAAGAACUCCAGAAUUAG